CGCGGCCCUGCCCUGCUCUUCUCCCCAAGGGAAGCCAGGCCCACCUGAUGGCCUCCGAGGGCACUUGGGAACUUUCGGAACCCAGCCGCCUUUAGGACCCAGGGGAAGUCACGUGCUCCGCGCCGGUCCGCGGAGCCAGUUCCUGAUUUCUGAGGCGGGGCAGCCACUGCUACAGAGGUGGCAUUGUCGCCGGUGCCCCGUGGCCAGCCCAGAAGCCCCUGUGCCUGCUCUCAGGGUCCCCUCCAGGGCCGCCACCAUGAAACUGCACCGCAAGUCUGUGCUCAGUUUCUUCCAAGGCUGCAGAGCCCAGGCCCCAGACCAGGAGGGCAUCUUGCUGAAGAAGGGGGCCCGAAACAGCAGCUACCAGCGCCGCUGGUUUGUCCUCCGUGGAAACCUCCUCUUCUACCUGGAACACCAGGAAGACCACACUCCCCUGGGCCUCAUCCUGUUGGAGAGCUGCCAGGUGCAGCCACGCCUCAAGGCCGCAGAGCCCUUCGCCUUUACCAUCGUGACCCCCGGGGGAGAGGGCACAGGGGGGCGGGCCUACAAGCUGGCCGCAGAAAGCCACGAGGAGCUGAGGGCUUGGCUGUGGGCGCUGGCCGGGGUGAGCUGGCGGCGGCUGGCUAGGCUGCUUCCCCCCGUGGAGGCCCAGUACCGGGAGCUGUGCCAGGCGGCUGGCCAAGAACCCAGGUGCCCUGCCGAGGACUGUGGCUUUCUAGCCAGUCUCGGGCCCCACUCCAGCUUCCAGGAGCUGCACGAGCGCUUUGGGAAGGAGAUCCGGGUGCUGCUGGCAGUGCACAGAGGACUCCGGGAAGCCAGGUCCCAGGCAAAGCUGGAGCAGCUCAACCAGUGUUUGUCGAGUGACUGAGAGGCAGACCAAAGGCCAGGGAGUACCCGUCUGCAGCGAUCACCGGAGACCCAGGCCCUGGCUCCGUCCCACCCUGCUCCCUAAUCCCGGCCCCAAACCCCUUCAUCGAAUAACACGCAGGAGACGGCCCAGGGACAACAGCAGGUUCUUUUCCGGUUCCUCAAAGCGCCACAAGGGGUGGGGGCAGAAACAGAAGAAAAAUGUAAACAUUGGGUUCCACCCCCUGAGGGCCAAGGGAAGACCCCUUACUCAGGGAUGGAGGCGAAAGGGGGCUCCUGGUAAGAGGAGGCAGGGGAGGCCUGAGAAUAC